CGCGGCUACUUUUGCCUCUGCGGGGUUCGCGGUGGGGUUGAGUGACCCGGCGGCCGUGGCGCCGCGACUGGAGGUGGCCGGGAGCCGGUAAAGCCGAGCUGUCUCGAGAGAGGAGCAGCGCGGGGUCGUGCCGCGGUGCCGUCCGCGGCUGAGGAAAAUGGUAUUUGAGUCCUUGGUCGUGGACGUGUUGAACCGGUUCCUGGGCGACUAUGUGGUGAACCUGGACAAGUCUCAGCUCUCUCUGGGCAUUUGGAAAGGAGCCGUGGUCCUCAAGAACCUUGAAAUUAAAGAAAAUGCAUUGAGUGAAUUGGAUGUACCAUUCAAAGUUAAGGUUGGUCAUAUAGGUAGUCUUACACUUAAAAUUCCAUGGAAAAAUCUUUAUACUCAACCAGUUGAAGCUGUUUUGGAAGAAAUCUAUUUACUUAUAGUGCCUUCUUCUAGAAUAAAAUAUGAUCCUAUCAAAGAAGAAAAGCAACUCAUGGAAGCAAAGCAGCAGGAACUAAAAAGAAUAGAAGAAGCAAAGCAGAAAGUAGUUGAUCAAGAAAAUCCUCCGGAGGAGAAACAGGACACUUUUUCAGAAAAAUUAAUUACUCAAAUCAUAAAAAAUCUUCAAGUGAAAAUUUCCAAUAUCCAUGUUCGUUAUGAAGAUGAUAUCACAAAUCAAGACAAACCACUCUCAUUUGGUAUUUCCCUUCAGAAUCUCAGCAUGCAGACAACUGAUCAAAAUUGGAUUCCAUGUUUACAUGAUGAAACUGAAAAACUAGUUCGUAAGCUAAUCCGAUUAGAUAAUCUCUUUGCUUACUGGAAUGUGAAGUCUCAGAUGUAUUAUCUGAAUGAUUAUGACGAAUCAUUGGUUGCCUUGAAAAAUGGUAUUGUCAAUGAAAAUAUUGUUCCAGAUGGUUAUGAUUUUGUUUUUCGACCUAUAUCUGCUAAUGCCAAGCUUCAGAUGAACCGGCGAUCAGAUUUUGACUUUUCUGACCCCAAAAUAAACCUGGAUGUUGAGCUACAUACCAUAGUGAUUGAGUUUAAUAAACCACAGUAUUUCAGUCUCAUGGAGCUCCUCGAGUCCAUUGACAUGAUGAAACAAAACCUGCCCUACAGAAAGUUCAAGCCCAGCGUGCCUCUUCACUACCAUGCCAAAGAAUGGUGGGCUUAUGCUAUACACGGUAUUCUUGAAGUAAAUGUUUGUCCCCAUUUACGGAUGUGGUCUUGGAAGCAUAUUAGAGACCAUAGACAAAAAAUGAAACAAUAUAGAGAAUUUUAUAAGAAAAAGUUAACAAGUAAGAAGCCAUCUCCUGAAAUUCUCAUGUCUUUGGAGGAGUUGGAGAAAACCUUGGAUGUUUUUAAUAUAACCAUAGCUAGGCAACAGGCAGAAGUUGAGGUAAAGAAAGCUGGAUACAAGAUUUACAAAGAAGGAGUAAAAGAUCCAGAGGAUAAUGCAGGAUGGUUUAGCUGGCUGUGGACGUGGUCAGAAUCAAAUGCUAAACAACAACUAGAAGUUAAACCUGGGAUUCUUGAAGAAAUGUUGACACCUGAAGAAAAAGUUUUGCUUUAUGAAGCAAUUGGUUAUAGUGAAACAGCAGUUGAUCCAACCUUGCCAAAAACAUUUGAAGCCUUGAAGUUUUUUGUUCACUUGAAAAGUAUGUCUGUUAUCCUAAGAGAAAACCACCAAAAACCGGAGCUGGUAAACAUUAUAGUAGAAGGACUUAGUACUUUGAUUGUUCAAAGGCCAGGAGCACAAGCCAUAAAAUUUGAAACCAAAAUUGAUUCAUUUUAUAUUACUGGCCUUCCAGAUAAUUCAAGAAAACCCCACCUACUGUCUUCAUUGGAUGAUAUGUCACUCUUCCAGAUUACGUUUGAGACGAACCCUUUAGAUGAAACUGUUGCUCAGAGGUGUAUCAUAGAGGCUGAGCCUUUAGAGAUAAUAUACGAUGCAAGGACAGUCAAUAGUAUAGUGGAGUUUUUCAGACCUCCAAAAGACGUCCACCUAGCACAACUUACCUCAGCAACUUUGACAAAACUUGAAGAAUUUCGAGAUAAAACAGCAACAGGUUUGCUGUAUAUUAUUGAAACACAGAAAGUUCUUGAUCUCAGAAUUAAUGUGAAGGCUUCAUAUGUUAUUGUCCCACAGUAUGGAAUUUUUAGCCCCACAUCAAAUCUACUUCUUUUGGAUCUUGGUCAUUUAAAGGUGACAAGUAAAAGUCGAUCAGGAGUAUCAGAAAUGAAACCAAGUAACACUAGCCUUGAAGAGAUAAUGCAUAAAGCUUAUGAUUCCUUUGAUAUUCAGCUUACAAGCAUACAGUUGCUUUACAGCAGAGUGGGUGAUAACUGGAAAGAAGCACGAAAGCUCAAUGUAUCGACACAGCAUAUUUUGACACCUAUGCACGUCAAUGUAGAACUCUCUAAAGCCAUGGUUUUCAUGGAUAUCAAGAUGCCCAAAUUCAAGAUUUCUGGAAAAUUACCUCUUAUUUCAUUACGAAUCUCGGACAAAAAACUACAAGGGAUUAUGGAAUUGUUUGAAAGUAUUCCAAAACCUGAACCCAUAACUGAUAUGUCUGCCCCUGCCAAAUCAUUCCAGAUUCAUGCAUCUACUUUGCCAGCAUCACAGAUUUCUCAGAAGUUAAUCCCUUUAUUGGAACAGCCUUCUGUUGCCGAAGAUGAUUCAGAAGAAGAAUUUUUUGAUGCACCAUGUAGUCCAUUGGAAGAGUAUCCUCAAAUCCUAUCUAGAGUUAGAAGUUCUCGACACAAAAAAUUACAAAAGAAAGAGUCUUCAGUGAAUUUAAUUCAACUUAGGAUGCGAUUUGAAGUAGCAGAGGUUUUGAUUCAGUUUUAUCACCUCGUGGGAGACUGUGAACUACCCGUGCUAGAAAUGGGUGUUUUAGGAUUGGGUACUGAAGUUGAGAUUAGAACAUUUGAUUUGAAAGCAAAUGCCUUUUUGAAAGAGUUCUGGUUAAAAUGUCCAGAAUACUUAGAUGAAAACAAGAAACCAAUUUAUUUGAUCACCACCCUGGAUAACACAAUGGAAGAUUUGUUAACAUUGGAAUUUGUGAGGGUUGAAAAAAAUGCACCCAGUUUAAAAAGUACUUAUAACAAUGUUUUACAACUUAUUAAGGUGAAUUUUUCCUCUUUGGAUAUUCAUUUACACACUGAAGCACUUCUCAAUACAAUGAAUUAUCUUAAUAAUACCCUUCCGCAAUUAGGGGAACAGUCUGCCCCAGUGUCUGUUGCAGAGACUGAAGACAAAGGAGAUCUCAUUAAAAUGCUUGCUUUAAAGCUACCCACGAAUGAAGAUACUAUUACCUUGCAACUUUUGGCUGAAUUGUCUUGUUUACGGAUUUUUAUUCAAGAUCAGAAACAAAAAAUUUCUGAAAUUAAGAUUGAAGGGCUUGAUUCUGAGAUGAUUAUGAAGCCAUUAGUCACUGAAAUAAAUGCAAAACUAAGGAAUAUAAUUGUGUUAGAUUCGGAUAAAAUGGCUGUAUAUAAAAAGGCUGUUUAUAUCACUGGAAAAGAAGUUUUCAGCUUCAAAAUGAUUUCUUACAUGAAUGCAACUGCUGGCUCUGCAUACACAGAUAUGAAUGUGGUUGAUGUUCAAGUUAAUUUAACUGUUGGUUGCAUUGAAGUCAUGUUUGUCACAAAAUUCCUAUAUUCUAUAUUGGAUUUUAUAGAUAAUUUUCAAGCAGUUAAAAACGCCUUGGCUGAAGCAACUGCUCAAGCAGCAGGAAUGGCUGCUGAUGGUGUAAUGGAACUGGCUCGAAGGAGUUCUAGGCUUGCAUUGGAUGUUAACAUAAAAGCCCCUAUUGUGGUCAUUCCGCAGUCUCCAGUGUCUCACAAUGUUUUUGUUGCUGAUUUUGGCUUAAUUACAAUGAAAAAUACAUUUGUUACUGUAACAGAAAUCCAGAGUAAUCUCCCACCUGUAAUUGAUUUGAUAACAAUAAAAUUGAGUGAAAUGAGACUAUACAGGUCUCAGUUUAUGACUAAUGCAUACCAGGAAGUGCUUGACCUGCUACUACCUUUGAACCUGGAAGUGAUUGUUGAACGAAACUUAUCCUGGGAAUGGUACAAGGAAGUUCCUUGUUUAAAUGUAAAAGCUCAGCUAAAACCCAUGGAGUUCAUCCUUAGUCAAGAAGAUUUAACAACCAUCUUUCAAACAUUGUAUGGUAAUAUAUGGUAUGGACGAGAUGUUUCUGUCCCAUCUUCUGUAAGUAAAGACAGCGAAAUCAUGACUAGUGGAGCCAACCAUGUUUCCAACCAUUCAGGUACCAUGGUGACAGCUGCUGUGGUGGAAGUCCACCCCCAGGCCUCUCAGGUUAACACGACUCUGAACGUUAGUUUCAGGACUGAUUACCUCACCAUGGCACUUUACAGUCCAGGGCCUGAACAGGCCUUCUUUACAGAUGUUCGUGAUCCUUCUCUGAAACUUGCUGAAUUUAAAUUGGAGAAUAUUAUAAGUAGUUUGAAACUGUAUACAGAUGGCUCUACAUUCUCUUCAUUCUCAUUAAAAAACUGUAUUUUAGAUGAUAAAAGGCCUCAUGUCAUGAAAGCCACGCCUAGAAUGAUAGGACUGACACUUGGGUUUGACAAAAAGGACAUGGUGGAUGUAAAGUAUAGAAGAAUCAGAGAUGCUUUUGUGACUGACGCAAUUGUGCAAGAGAUGUAUGUUUGUGCCAGUGUGGAGUUUCUGAUGACUGUUGCACAUGUCUUUUUUGAUGCCUACAUGACUAGUACAGCUUUAGAAACCAGUGUUCAAGCAUGGACUACUAAAGAAGAACCUCCACAGGAUUUAGGGAAGUGGGAAAUAAAUAUUCUAAUAAAAAACCCCGAGAUUGUUUUUGUGGCUGACAUGACAAGGAAUGAUGCUCCUGCGUUAGUCAUUACAACACAGUGUGAAAUUUGCUAUAAAGGUGACCCUGAAAGCAAUACAGUGACCGCUGCCAUUAAAGAUCUCCAAGUCAGAGCAUGCCCAUUUCUUCCAGCCAAGAGAAAGGGCAAAAUCACCACUGUUUUACAGCCUUGUGACUUGUUUUAUCAGGCAACUCAGAUAGGAACAGAUCCACAAAUGAUUGACAUAUCAGUAAAAUCUCUUACACUAAAGGUUUCACCAGUUAUCAUAAAUACCAUAAUAACUAUUACUUCAGCACUUUAUACAACUAAGGAAACCAUCCCAGAAGAAAACACUUCUUCUAUAGCACAUUUAUGGGACAAGAAGGAUACUAAGAAUCUGAAAAUGUGGUUUCUUGAAGAAUCCGAUGAAACAGAAAAAGUAGUUCCAUCAAACGAAUUGGUGCCAGGAGGAGAGACACUGAACUUGAAUAUUGAUUCUAUUUUUAUAGUUCUCGAAGCUGGAGUUGGUCAUAGAACAGUGCCGAUGCUGUUGGCAAAGUCACGCAUUUUGGGGGAAAGCAAAAACUGGAGUACUUUAAUAAAUCUCCACUGUCAGCUUGAGCUGGAAGUUCACUACUAUAACGAAAUGUUUGGUGUUUGGGAACCUUUACUGGAACCCUUAGAAAUUGAUCAGACUGAUGAUUUUAGACCAUGGAAUCUUGGAAUCAAGAUGAAAAAGAAAGCAAAAGAGUCCAUUGUUGAGUCAGAUAGUGAAGAAGAAAACUACAAAGUACCAGAAUAUAAAACUGUUAUAAGUUUUUAUUCUAAAGACCAAUUAAACAUUACAUUAUCCAAGUGUGGCCUUGUGAUGUUAAAUAAUUUAGUCGAGGCAUUUACUGAAGCUGCUACUGGAUCUUCAGCUGUCUUCCUAAGGGAUCUAGCACCAUUUAUGAUUUUAAAUUCUCUUGGACUUACUGUCUCUGUUUCACCAAGUGAUUCUUUUAAUGUACUUAAUGUUCCUAUGGCAAAAUCAUAUGAGCUGAAAAAUGAAGAGAGUUUAAGUAUGGAUUAUGUACGAACUAAGGACAGUGAUCAUUUCAAUGCAAUGACCAGCCUAAGCAGCAAACUCUUCUUCAUUAUCCUUACGCCUGUAAACCACUCUGCUGCUGACAAGAUUCCGUUAACAAAAGUGGGACGGCGUCUGUACACAGUAAGACACAGAGAGUCUGGAGUUGAAAGAUCUAUUGUUUGUCAAAUUGACACGGUUGAAGGAAGUAAGAAGGUAACAAUCCGCUCACCAGUGCAGAUUAAGAAUCAUUUUUCAAUUCCAAUUUCCGUUUUUGAAGGGGAUACGUUAUUAGGAAUUGCUUCACCUGAAAAUGAAUUCAACAUACCAUUAGCAUCUUACCGAUCAUCGCUUUCUUUGAAGCCAGAUGAUAAGGACUACCAAAUGUGUGAAGGAAUUGACUUUGAAGAAAUCAUAAAAUAUGAUGGACAACUUCUAAGGAAGAAAUGCAAAUCUAUACACGCUUCUAAGAGAUCAUUUGUUAUUAAUAUUGUCCCAGAAAAAGAUAAUUUGACUUCUCUGUCAGUGUAUUCAGAAGACGGCUGGGACUUACCAUACGUAAUGCACUUGUGGCCGCCUGUCCUCAUUCGGAAUCUUCUUCCCUACAAAAUCGUUUAUUACCUAGAGGGCAUUGAAAACACAGUUUUUACUUUAAGUGAAGGACAUUCAUCACAAAUUUAUAAUGUUGAAAUGGACAAAGCCAAGCUGCACUUAAAAUUGCUUGACUAUCUUAAUCAUGAUUGGAAAAGUGAAUUUCAUAUAAAACCUAAUCAACAAGACAUCAAUUUCAUCAACUUUACCUGUCUCACAGAAAUGGAAAAGACUGAUUUGGAUAUUGCUAUUCAUAUGACUUACAAUACGGGUCAAACAAUUGUGGCAUUUCAUAGUCCAUAUUGGAUGGUCAAUAAAACUGAUCGGAUGUUACAGUACAAAGCAGAUGGAAUCCACCGAAAGCAUCCACCUAAUUAUAAAAAGCCAGUUCUCUUUUCCUUUCAGCCAAACCACUUUUUUAACAACAAUAAGGUUCAGCUUAUGGUAACUGACAGUGAGCUCUCUGAUCAGUUCUCAAUUGAUACUGUUGGUAGUCAUGGAGCCAUUAAAUGCAAAGGCCUGAAAAUGGAAUACCAAGUUGGUGUCACUAUAAACCUCAGCAGUUUUAAUAUUACCAGAAUUGUGGUAUUUACUCCUUUUUAUAUGAUUAAAAAUAAAAGCAAAUACCGUAUAUCAGUGGCAGAAGAAGGAAGUGAUAAAUGGCUCUCUCUUGAUUUAGAUCAGUGUAUUCCCUUCUGGCCUGAGGAUGCCUCCAAUAUUCUUCUCAUUCAAGUUGAAAGAAGUGAAGGUCCCCCCAAAAGGAUACAUUUUAACAAGCAAGACAGUUGUAUUUUAUUGCGACUGAAUAAUGAGCUUGGAGGAAUUAUUGCAGAAGUUAAUUUGGCUGAGCACUCUACAGUUAUUACAUUUUCAGAUUACCAUGAUGGUGCGGCUACAUUCCUACUAAUAAAUCAUACCAAGAAUGACCUUGUUCAGUACAAGCAGAGUUCUCUCAGUGAAAUAGAAGAUUCCCUUCCUCCUGGAAAAGCAGUAUAUUAUACAUGGGCUGAUCCAGUGGGUUCUAGAAAGCUGAAGUGGAGUUGUGGGCAAAGUCAUGGUGAAGUAACACAUAAGGAUGAUAUGAUGACCCCUAUAAGUGUGGGGAAAAAAACCAUUUAUUUAGUGUCAUUCUUUGAAGGUUUGCAGCGCAUUAUUCUAUUCACUGAAGACCCAAAAGUGUUUAAAGUAACAUAUGAAAGUGAAAAAGCAGAGUUAGCAGAGCAAGAAAUCGUAUUGGCUUUACAAGAUGUUGGAAUUUCACUUGUCAAUAAUUAUACAAAACAAGAAGUAGCCUAUAUAGGCAUUACAAGUUCUGAUGUGGUUUGGGAGACAAAACCAAAGAAAAAAGCAAGGUGGAGGCCAAUGAGUAUAAAACACACCGAGAAGCUGGAGAAGGAGUUCAAGGAAUACACAGAAUCUUCACCUUUGGAAGACAAGGUUAUUGAGUUGGACAAUAACAUUCCGGUUCGCUUAACACCUAGUGGCAAUGACAUGAAAAUUCUGCAACCACAUGUGAUAGCUGUACGGAGAAAUUACCUCCCAGCACUAAAAGUAGAAUAUAACACAUCUGCACACCAGUCAUCAUUCAGAAUUCAGAUUUAUAGAAUACAGAUCCAAAACCAGAUUCAUGGUGCUAUUUUUCCUUUCGUGUUUUAUCCUAUUAAACCUCCAAAGUCUGUCACCAUGGACUCAGCACCAAAGCCCUUUACAGAUGUUAGCAUUGUCAUGAGAUCUGCAGGACAUUCCCAGAUAUCACGCAUUAAGUAUUUCAAAGUGUUGAUUCAAGAAAUGGAUCUCAGAUUGGAUCUUGGGUUUGUGUAUGCCAUAGCAGACCUUGUCACAAAAGCUGAGGUGACUGAGAACACAGAGGUUGAAUAUUUUCAUAAGGAUGUAGAAACCUUUGAACAAGAGUAUGAAACAGUUUCUUCAGUAGAUCAAUCUCAAAUCAAUCUCUUUGAGUAUUUCCAUAUAUCUCCUAUCAAGUUACAUUUGAGUGUUUCACUGAGCUCUGGUAGAGAAGAAGCUAAAGAUUCAGGACAACGUGGAGGACUGAUUCCUGUUCAUUCUUUAAAUCUUUUGCUGAAGAGUAUUGGUGCCACCCUUACAGAUGUGCAAGAUGUAGUUUUUAAACUUGCCUUUUUUGAACUCAACUACCAGUUCCGCACAACAUCUGAACUGCAAUCUGAAGUAAUAAGACACUAUUCAAAACAGGCUAUUAAGCAAAUGUAUGUACUCAUUCUCGGACUUGAUGUUUUGGGAAAUCCCUUUGGCUUAAUUAGAGAAUUUUCAGAAGGCGUAGAAGCAUUUUUUUAUGAACCUUACCAGGGAGCCAUCCAGGGCCCUGAAGAGUUUGUGGAGGGAAUGGCACUAGGACUGAAAGCACUGGUUGGCGGAGCUGUUGGUGGUCUAGCUGGUGCUGCCUCCAAAAUCACCAGUGCGAUGGCUAAAGGAGUAGCAGCCAUGACAAUGGAUGAAGACUACCAGCAGAAAAGAAGGGAAGCAAUGAAUAAGCAGCCAGCUGGCCUUAGAGAAGGCAUCACUCGUGGAGGAAAAGGCCUGGUUUCUGGUUUUGUAAGUGGCAUUACAGGGAUUGUUACAAAACCAAUUAAAGGUGCUCAAAAGGAAGGUGCAGCGGGUUUCUUCAAAGGCGUCGGGAAAGGUUUAGUUGGAGCAGUGGCAAGGCCAACAGGUGGCAUCAUAGACAUGGCCAGCAGUACCUUUCAGGGGAUCAAAAGAGCUACAGAGACUUUUGAAGUAGAAAGUCUGCGACCUCCCCGGUUCUUUAAUGAAGAUGGAGUUAUCCGACCUUACAGGCUGAGGGAUGGUACAGGAAAUCAAAUGUUACAGGCCUCAAAAAGUUUGAUAUGAAAACUGUUAAUGCAUGACUUUGCAAGUGAAAGCCAACACUAGAUUUUAGUCUUUAACUUGUACAGACUCUGUGAAUCUGUUUCAGUAUUUUGAAUAUAAAGAAAGGAUUUUUGUAUUGGUAACUUACGUUAAACCUUUCCAUAGACCAUUCUUGGUUCUGCUUUGGGUAUUCUAGAUCUGGUCAACACCGAUAUGCCUUGUACGCCUUUAGUGUUGAUAGUGUAUAUUUAGCUAGUUAGGUUUUUCUAUUUGGGGUACUUCUUUCAUCUUUCAUACCACUACUAGUUUUUAUAUUAAUAUUUAUAUUUUAUAUUAAAUAUUUAUUUCUGAUUUAUUCAUGAAGGAAGGAAAAACAAAACUCAGGAACACUGCAACUACAGAUCAUCGUGGUUCCUAAGCAUUUUGAGAAUGUUAGUAGAGCGUUGUGGGAUUUGCUGCACAGUUCAGAGCAAGCAGAAUCUUUUAGUAAGGAGAUACAAUGUGUGGGACAAUAUCUGAGUCAGUAGUCUGAGGCUAGAAUAGUUUGUCAGCUCAGACAAUGUCAUUACUUGAUAACUCAAGUUAUGGUAGAAGUAUCAACUCAUACCCCAGGCUAUCUCAUUGUCAAGUUGUUUUGGUUUGGAAUACUAAAGUAAGCCAUUUGAAAAUAAGGAGUCAGCAUUUUUAUAUUUUUUAAAAUAUUCAUAAUAAUAAUAAACUGUUGAAACAUGGAGUUUUUCAAGUUUAAAUAACCAGGAUAAAAAAUUAAAACUUUUACUAUUUUACUGUUGCAUGUAAAGUACAUAUUAUUUCAUUAAGUGUACAUUCCAUCUCCUCUGGGUCAUCUGUUUAGUGAUUUAAAAUAUACUGUAUCUUUUAAGUUCAAUAUUUAGUAAAGUGACUUUUACCUUGAUUUUUAGUCCUAUUGAAGUGCCAAAAUAGUUUCAGAUUAUGAUAGAAUUGGCAGUCUCUUGGGAGUUGUACCUAAAGAGCAUGUUCUGUAGUCUCUACAAUGAGAUUAUUCUUCAUAGACAGGAAAGUUACAGGUGUCACCUCUGGCUAAUCCAGUUGAAGCACUUCCAUCUUAUAUCUGCCUGCUCUUUUAAAGAGGAAUUAACAUAUUUUUACUAUAUUGAAAAUGCUUUUCAAAACAUAAUUAAAAAUAAGAAUGUUUCUCAAGAACUAUUUUAAUACAGUUGCUGCAAAAUAGGGAUUCAUAGUGAAGAGAAUUUAGAAAUAGACUAUCCUCAUUAUCCAGGGACAGAUUAUACCAAAAGUUUCUGAUUGAUAAGAUUUCAGUGGGAAGGAAGUUUAUUCCACACCAUAAUUAAUUGUUUCUUUGAAAUUUAAAACCAUGAAUUUCUACUCAUCACAUUUAAGUAUGCAUAUUAUUUUUAUUAGGCCAGUCUUUGAUAAAGGUUCUGUUUCCAGUAAAUAAAAUACCAUAAUCUUUUUCAGUUUUGUGUAUUUUUUUUCAGAUAAGCACAUUAUUAACUUACAGGAAUUUAAGAUGUCUUAUUUUUUUGCAGUUAUCACUGUUAGUUUACAAAUGUAAAAAGUUAGUUUAUGUUCUGGUAGUAAUAGUGCUUUCCUAAGCUAAAGCUACUUUUCUAAAAUUUAAAAAUAAAAUUUCUAGCACAUUUGUUAAUGAGAUAAAAUACAGAAUAAAAGUGGUAGAGCAAGAACCCCGAAGUUGGAUCCUGAGCACUGCAUCAUCCAGCAUGGUGUUAUCCAGUGCAUGCAUCCACAUGCGUGUGUGUGAUCCACUAGUUGGAGGUGGAGAUAAGAGGAUCAUAAACUACAUAGCAAGUUUGAGGUCAACCUAGAAUAAUGAGACCCUGUCUCAAAAAAUAGGAUUGUAAUCUGCCUAGAUUUCACCUAAAUGAUUUAAUGACAGUGCUUUAUAAAAAGUUUGUUGCUUUCUACUUUCUAAUGUUUCUACUUUUAAUCUCUUUUUCUACAAAAAAAGGUUAUCUGUGUUGACUAAAAGACGUAUGCUUGCUUAUACAUAAUAUAAAUAUAAAAUAUAUUCAUUUUAUGGCAUUCUAAGAAGCAGAAUAUUAUUUCAAUGCUUCCUAGAAGUCAAUUAAGUGACUUGUAAAGAAGUAGAAUAAUCUUAAUAUAUUCCUAGAACACCUUAUUGAUACAUGAAACCAUGUCUGACAUGAGUAUGUAUGUAGAAGUUAUCUUUAGGCCUGUUAAGUUCUAAAGUAUUAAUACCUACAAUUACAGCAUGGAUGACAGAUGAAAACUCUGCUUUAAAAUUUCUAUAACACCUAAACAUUUCAUAAUUUUAACAUGUUUUUCCUGCAGUUUUCCAUACUUAACUAACCUUUAUGCUUCUUUUUCCUUUGCCAUGCUGACAGAACAUUCAGGUCUACAGGGAAUGGAUUAUGGCUCACAGUAGCAGUAGUGAGGAGGAGGAGGAGACUUAGUCAGAGCCCAGUUGUUAACGUUCAUAUGCUCCUUACCAUUCCAUUGAACCUUUGUGUGACUGUUGUCAUCACACCAGAUGUCCAUUUUUAGGAACGUAAACACUGUUUUCUUAUAAAAUGUUUUUCUGAACAUCAUGAUGGAGCAAAGUUAUUUAUUUACACACAGGCAAAUGUUUUUGUCAGUUAAAAUGUAGAGCAUAUCAUAUAUUAUGAAUUUGCUUUUAUAUAUCCUCGCUCUGUGUCCCACGGUGUGUUGUUAAGAACUGAAGUCAGACUUAAGUGAGGUUUUAAUGUUCAUGACUUCUACUCUAAAUCAUCUGCUUAUUUGUUGACAAAAUACUUUUUUUUAUAAAACGUUAUGUGAAUUUUCUGGACCGUAAUGAAAAUAACAUUAUUAAGAGAAACACGAGUGGGUGGGAGGAAGGACAGUAAUGCCGUUCAAUGUUUUGUAUGUGUUUAGCACUUAA